AUGUCUGUUUCAUGGACUAUCGAUGAAUUUCUUGAAGCUGAGCUGAGGAUUCCUUCAAAUAUCGCUCGUAAUUUACGAAAUUUAUUCGAAAGUGGAUACGAAGUACCGUUCAUUGCCCGUUACCGUAGCCAUUUAAUAGGAAAGGCUUCGACUGACGAUCUUCGGCAUGCAAUCGAAGCAUAUGAUAAUGCCAAAGCUUUAAAAACAAAGGCGGAAAAGAUGAUGAAACAAAUUGAUGCGAGAGUUAAAAAUGUUGUCGAGAAGGAAUCCAUAAAACGAGCUUUAUCAAUGACAAUGGAUUCUAAUGAACUUGAUAUUCUUUUUGAGCCGUUUAAGAAAAUUAAAAAUGGUACUCUUGCAAAUCGAGCAAUGCAAUUAGGAAUAGAUGUUAUUUGCCAGCAGAUGCUUCGUUCAGAGGAAGUCAAUUUGUUUACUUUUGUCGAUUCUUCAAAAGAAGAUCUGAACACGAUUGAAAAAGUGGAAUAUCAAACGAUUAAUUUAUUGUCACAUUACAUUCAUCGAAUGGAUAUAACACAAAAAUUUUUCAAAGACGUGUAUGUUUUCUUGCUAUAUAAUGGAAAAUUGUACUUUUUUUGUCUUCAUAACAUUUUUCUCAAAAUCUGGCACCAUUUCAAAUUAAGUUCUACUGAAUCACUUGAUCCUUUGAUAAAUUGCCUUUUUUUUGGCUUGUGGGCCUUCUUUUAUUGCCGUGUUUUUAGGUCUGCAAAUUUCCAUCUACCAGGUGUUCGUAUCGCAGUAAAAUCAUGGGUUCGUAAAAAAGCGAAGGCUUUGAAACCGAGUGAUGCAGAUUUCCAUUUAAUUGAACAUUUUAAAGCAUACAUUUCAUACGAUAAGGAUGUGCGAUUUGUAAAAGAUUUUCAGAUUAUGGCGUUAGAACGGGCAUCUUCGAAAGGUAUAAUUCAAUGGAAAGUUGAUGUCGAUUCGAAAAUUAUACAGCAGCAUCCAUGUUUAGAUAUGCAUUGCCACUUUGCUCAUCGGGAAAUUUUUCACAGAGCAUUGGAAGAUUCUACAAAUAGAUUUCUUAUUCCAUCUAUUGAGAGAAAUUUACGGCGUCGUUUAUGUGAUCGAGCUGAACGAUCCGCCAUUGAUUGUUUCGCAAAAAAUCUUCGUGAAUUGCUGAUAACAGAACCAUUGAGGGGGUCAGACGUACUUGCUAUAGAUCCAGGUUUUACUCAUGGUUGUAAAUGUGCCUUAGUCGAUAAAAUCGGUGCUUUAUUAAUUUUUUUUCAAACUAUUUCUAGUUUGGUAAACUGCAAUGAUUUGAGUGGCUUAAUUGAUACAGGAGUAUUUCACUUGAAUGGUGCCAAAUCAGAAAUGGAUAAAUAUGCGCAAUCAGUUGUGAAAUCUUUAACAUCGAAAUCAGCUUCAUCACAGACAAUUAUAGCUAUUGGUAACGGCAAAGGAAGUAGAAUAGUUCAGAUAGGAAUCGCACAUAUGAUUAAAAGCAAUAUGUUUCUUCCAAAAGUAGUUCGAUUUUGCGUUGUCUCUGAAUGCGGCGCAUCUGUAUAUAGUGCAAGUGAACUUGCAGCUGAAGAACUGCGAUCUAUUGAUAUAAAUUUACGUAGUGCUGUGUCUUUAGCAAGGCGGAUUAUUGACCCUAUCUCAGAGUAUGUAAAAAUUGCACCAAAACAUCUUGGAAUUGGUUCUUAUCAACAUUCAAUCAAUGAAAAACGGCUUGAUCAAAUGCUUGAUAUUGUUGUUCGAGAAUGUGUGAGCAACAUAGGAGUGGAUAUUAAUGCAGCAUCAUUGCAAAUCCUACAGAAAGUUUCUGGAUUAAAUAAAACUACAGCUGCAAAUAUCAUCAAAUAUCGCCAAAAGAAUGGAAAAUUUUUUAGUAGAGAAGCUCUUAAGGAUAUUACUGGUAUUGGUCCCAAGGUGUAUGAGCAAUGUGCUGGCUUUCUGUUCAUUUAUUUUGAUGCAGAAGACAAUGAACCUCCACAAAAGCGUCGUAAAUUUGAGAAAGAGAAAGAGUACAAUCCACUUGAUGCAACUCGUGUUCAUCCAGAAAGUUAUAGCAUAGCUAAACGAUUGUUGAUAGAAGCUGGAAUCGAUACUUCAUAUAUCGGAAGUUCAUUAUUGUCUGAAAAAUUGUUAGCAAUAGAAGAUUUUGUAAAAAAACAACCGCCAGAAUGGAUUAAUACUUGGGAAUUACUUGCGAAACCUGUAUUAGUACAAAAUCCACCAAAAUUAUUAUCUGAUGUUAAACAAAUGGAUUCAUUACAAAUUGGUGAAGUUGUAGAAGGAAUUGUUAAAAAUCACGCCCAAUUUGGACUUUUUGUGGAUAUUGGCGUGGGAUUUGACGCAUUAGUGCAUUAUUCAACUUUUCCUCCACUUAUUCCAUCGGUGAUUUUAUCUUUAAAAGGUUUUUUCGCUUAA